AGCAAGCAAGGUCCUUAACCUAAAUGCUGGGGAAAUCCUUCAGAUGUUUGGAAAAAUGUUUUUUGUGUUCUGUCAGGAAUCUGGUUAUGACACAAUUCUUCGUGUCUUGGGCUCAAAUGUCAGAGAAUUUUUGCAGAAAAGCAGUAUUUGGCAUACAGAGGCUGUUUCCAUCGUAUUAAAUACCAGCUCCUUUUGCGACCUAUCCUAUUUUACAUAUCUCCUUAAAAGACUUCUUCCAAGAAGGCUGCAUAUCAAGCUCCUGGGGAACACAUGUUGGAUCAGUAGCUCUGGACUGUUUUAAGGCAUUCAUGGUACACUUGCCUGUGGAGUUGGCCAGCUCCCAUAGCCCUUUUUUUACUCUCACACCUUCCUGGCCACUGUAGAUAUGGGCUCUACGUAUCAGAAUGAUCAUACCUAGUCCCUGCAAAGAUCAGCAAGGUGUUGACUGCGUGUGUGCUCUUUUCCCUAGCAUACUCACUAAGAGCUGGGCUGUACUAUCACAGGUUUAACCUCUGAAGUUUUAAUUUUGGCGAUGGUGAUAUAGCAACUUAGUAUAAACAUAAAUUUGAGGCAAACUAAGAAAGUGAAGGAGGAAGUUCCAGGCUGAGUACAUCCUACAGAAUUCAUUUGUGAGCAACUCAUUUCCUCUGGAGGCUUCCCAAGAGAAAAGACAGCUGCUGGAACCUUUCAUAGCCUAUGAAAAAGCAAGUUCAGUCCAUCUCCACAACUUUGAGGAGCUACAGAUGCUAAGUAAAGACAUAGUGGUGAUCCAACCUGCACAUUUAAAACAUCUUCAUUUUACCUUUCCUGGACCUGGCAAAAACACUAAAUAAAACUUGAUGUUGAAAAGUCUAAAGGAAAAAAACAUUCAGAGAUGUGUCUCAAUGUUGAAGGACUGCUAAGUGAAGAAUCUGCAUAAUCUUAAAAGAUGGGUAUAUGUUUACGUAGGUUUGCCCUUUUCGUCUAAGCCGUUACAUGGCAAAUGGAAAAAAUGGAGCCAUGAACUUGGAUGCUCUGCACGACCAUCUUGCCACUAUUUACCCAGGUAUGCGAGCCCCUUCCUUUAGGUGCACUGAUGCAGAAAAAGGGAAAGGACUCAUUCUGCAUUAUUAUUCUGAGAGAGAAGGACUCCAGGAUAUUGUCAUUGGGAUCAUCAAAACAGUAGCUCAGCAGAUCCACGGUACAGAAAUAGAUAUGAAGGUAAUUCAGCAGAGAAGUGAAGAAUGUGACCACAUUCAGUUCUUGAUUGAAGAGAGAGAGUCUAAGGAAGAGGAUUUUUAUGAAGACCUUGACAGAUUUGAAGAGAAUGGUACUCAGGAAUCUCGUAUCAGUCCAUAUACUUUCUGCAAGGCUUUUCCUUUCCACAUAAUAUUUGACAGAGAUCUGGUGGUCACACAGUGUGGCAAUGCUAUAUACAGAGUUCUUCCUCAGCUUCAACCUGGAAAUUGCAAUCUGUUGUCAGUUUUCUCCUUGGUUCGGCCUCACAUUGAUAUUAGCUUCCAUGGAAUCCUCUCACAUAUCAACACUGUCUUUGUACUGAGAACCAAGGAAGGGUUGCUGGAUGUAGAGAAGUUGGAGUGUGAAGAUGAACUAACUGGCAGAGAAAUCAGCUGUUUACGUCUCAAAGGUCAAAUGAUCUACUUACCUGAAGCGGAUAGUAUUCUUUUUCUUUGUUCUCCAAGUGUGAUGAACUUAGAUGACUUAACCAGAAGAGGUUUAUAUCUGAGUGAUAUUCCAUUACAUGAUGCUACCCGUGAUCUAGUCCUUUUGGGAGAACAGUUCAGAGAGGAAUAUAAACUGACUCAGGAACUGGAGAUCCUUACAGAUAGACUUCAGCACACCUUAAGAGCAUUGGAAGAUGAGAAGAAAAAGACAGACACCUUGUUGUAUUCUGUCCUUCCACCAUCUGUGGCAAAUGAGCUGAGACACAAGCGCCCUGUGCCUGCUAAGCGGUAUGACAAUGUGACCAUUCUGUUUAGUGGCAUUGUUGGAUUUAAUGCAUUCUGCAGUAAACAUGCCUCUGGAGAAGGAGCCAUGAAAAUUGUUAAUCUUUUAAACGAUCUGUAUACCAGAUUUGAUAUUCUGACCGAUUCACGAAGGAAUCCAUUUGUUUAUAAGGUGGAGACUGUUGGAGACAAAUAUAUGACAGUGAGUGGUCUACCAGAGCCGUGCAUUCACCAUGCACGAUCUAUUUGUCACCUAGCACUGGAUAUGAUGGAAAUAGCAGGCCAGGUUCAGGUAGAUGGAGAGCCGGUACAGAUAACAAUAGGCAUUCAUACUGGGGAGGUGGUUACCGGUGUCAUUGGCCAAAGGAUGCCACGUUACUGUCUCUUUGGAAACACUGUUAAUCUGACAAGCAGAACAGAAACGACUGGAGAAAAGGGAAAGAUCAAUGUCUCUGAGUAUACCUACAGGUGUCUUAUGACACCAGAAAAUUCAGAUCCUCAAUUUCACCUGGAACACAGAGGUCCAGUUUCCAUGAAGGGAAAAAAAGAACCAAUGCAGGUUUGGUUUCUGUCCAGAAAGAGUACAGAGACAGAGAAAAACUUACCAGAGGCUCUUGAAGAGACAUUGAAUGCUAUGCCCCUGAAGAGCAAAGAGCUUGCAGUGCUGACUCUGCACAGCCAGGAGGGAUGCCUGUGUACACAUCACAACAUGCUCUGCCAGCUCCCUCAUUCUGCGUGGAGAUGGAGUGGCAACAGUGCAUGGUGGAGGAGGGGGAAAGCAAAGUACCCUGAGAUGCUGGUGGACUGUGUUGAUUCUCUCAGAAGAGAAUGUAUAUAGACAUUUGCUGUCCCAGGAGAAACUCUUCCAUGAGUGAUUUAACCCUGGUGUUCCCAGGUCACUUUUCUUCCAGAGCAGCCAUUUUUUCUCUGGGAGAAAAAUCCUGAACAUCUCUACAGUCAUGUUUUCUCAUGGGGCAGCAGCAAGUCUCCCAAGUGAAAGUGAAUACAGUAAAAGCUGCCUUAACCAGCACCUUACAAGCUGGCAUGCUCUAUUAACUGGCAUGCUGGCUUGUAAGGUAAAAGCAAAACUGGAAGUGCCCACUGUGGCACUUCCAGUUUUACUAACCCCCAUGGCCUGGGGCAAAGCAGCCUGCGCUGCCGAGCCCCCAUGGCCCGGCUGCGUGGGGCCCACCUCCCUGUCCCUCGGGGACCCGCAGAAGGGUCAGCGAUAUGGUGGGAGAAGCAAUGGCCCAAACAGGCAGAUGCUUGUUUGGGCCUCUCAAUUAACCAGCAUAUUUUGUUAUCCAGCACCCCCCAUUCCCCAUGGGUGCCAAAUAACAAAGUUUUUGCUAUAUAUGUAUGUGGCCCAAAUGACUAUAAAAAAAAUCCAGACUCACUUAUUCACAUACGCAUUUUAGAAAAUUUUAAACCACAAUUAUAGCUAGAGGUAAGUGGCUUAGCAGCAUAAACUGUAUUUUUUUUAAAGUGAGUCAGGCUCUCAGGAGUCUUAAGUAUAUGGGUACAUGAACAAGUUACUGUGAGGUAAGCUUGGGUGUCAAUGUACGUAUGUCAGCAACUCCAAGAUAACUGCCUGUGUGUAUGUUCUGAUGCCAUUGAAAGUGCGAGAUAGGUUAGCACUCGGUGCAAAUGGGGUAAGCUAACUUACUCUUAUUGUGGGAGUAAAAACAUGCACAUGUGGUGUUACCAUGAAUAGUUGAAAUGCUUUAAGUUCACACCCUUGUUCUCCUCUCAGUAAAUGUACAGGCAUACAAACUCCUGAGAGCCCAGUUCAGGCAGUUUAGAAAAUUUUAACCACAAUUAUUACUGCAGGUAUAUGAAUAAGUGAACAUUGACUUUUCGAUGGUAGCUACUACAUAUUUCUUAGCCUAGUACAUUAAAAUCAGGAGACACUAUAUUUUAUCUCAGAAAAAUGUAUAUGUAUAUUCUGUAACAUAUAUUGUUACUUUCAUUAAUAUUGUGUGACAUCUUUGGAUAAUAAUUUUCUAAUUAUAUUUUUAAUCAGAUAUAAAGUCAUUGUAUAUUUUUACAUAGCUUGCUUUCACUUUUAAAAUCUGACUAUGGCUCUCAAGGUGCCUUAAAAUGUAUUACUAACAUUUCCUACAGCAUAAACAAUAGAGCACCUUUUUGAAAGGGCGCAUGCUAUUUUUAAAUGUAAUAUUAGAGUGCAGUGCAUAGUCAGAUUGGUACUGUACUUGUAGCCUAUGCAGGUAUUUAAAAACUUUUUCAAUUUUAAAAGGUUCACAGAACAAGUCUACAGAUUAAUAUUAGUAAUAUUUAGCAUUUAUAUAACUAUUGUCAUUUACAAGGUAUUUUACAAACAUCAGUGUAUUCUAAUCCUGUUUUCCAGAGGGCAAAAAAAAAAAAUAUAUACUCUGCCUAAUAAAAUAUACUUAUCCGGAGUUGCAUCUGCUCUGAAAAUAUUCUGAAUAUGUUAUCUAAAAUGUUUCAGGUCUGGUUCCCAAACAUCAAGGCACCAAAAAUUAAAGGCUGCCUUUGACAAUAUGUCAAGUUACUUAGAGCCAUAGAGAGAGUCAGAGAGAAGAUUAGAACCUGUGGACAGAAUAACUCCCAUAUAAAUGCUCUUUUUGGCACUUGCAAGUCCAUGUGUAAUAGAAGUGCUGAGUGUGUGUGUCCACAUGGGUACUGAGUGUAAGCAGUACAUGCCUGCCCUGGGCCAGUUUAAAUCAUUAAAUUGUACCCAGCAAAAACUUAUGACCAGAGCCUCUCUCGUAUUUACUGGCACUUGCCUCAGGGUAUUAACCCCCCUUCAUUCACAGAAGGUCUGAAUCUACAUGUUUCUGACUUCCCAGCACAGUGCCCCAGCCAGGCUUCAAGUUAGGCAUUAAGCCCACUCCAGUCCUCCUCUUGAAGCUGCCCCCCUAGGCAGCUGAGAGAUGGAUAUAUGAGGGACCAGGAAAAAGAGAGCAAGAUAGAGGGUGUGUGGCUCAUUGAGAGUUGCAUCCCUGGAAGGGAGAAGGUCUUAGGUUCUAGUCUGGACCCUUGCUCCCAGUGGGGUAGAAAUUACCUCACUGCUCUGCACUGAAUACUGAAUGCUCCGUGGUGAAGCUGUGGCUGAGAGGAGCCUAGGACCUGUGUGUCCCACUUCCUGCAUGCAUACUCUAACCAUGAAGCUAUUAGGCUAAAACAGUGCAGGACCCUCCUCUUCCUUCUCAGACCCACUAGCUAUGGGGUUUUACCCAGCUACAAUUUCAGGACUUACACUCUCUCAUGUAUGCACAUAUGGGGCAUGUACCUGUCCAGCAAAAGCAUAACUUACUCACAUACAUGGUAGCAAUAUGGACUCCCCCUUGCUUUAGCAUUUUCUCUGACUAUAGAUGCUUCCAUAAGGACAUAACAUAAAAAAGUGCCAUACUGAAUUAGACCAGUGGUCCAUCUAUCCCAGGGGUACUCAACCUCUAGCCCAUGGACCAAAUGUGGCUUGUGGGGGCCAUAGGUAUCCAGCCUGCGGGGCUCCCCAUAAAUCAGGAAAUGUGGUAGUGACGGGAGUGGUAGUGGUAAAUAUAGCUAACCACCCCUGCUGCCAAAUUCACAAACCCCAAACCAUGCAGUGGGCUGGGACUGGGUCAUGCCACCUCCCCUCCUCUACUGCAGCUGGAUGGGGCCAGGCCAGGCCAGGGCCCUCCCACUGGGUUGGAUUGGGCUGGGCCAUGUCCCCUCCCCACCUGCAGGGCUGGCUUAGUCUUGGCCAGAAUCUUCCCCCUGUGGGGCCAGAUUUGGGCUGGGCCACACUUCUUUCCCCUGGAGGGCUAUGUUGAAGCCAAGCAGCCCCCUGCCCCACUCUGCACAGCUGGAUUGGGCCCUGUUGUGACCUCCCCAUGGCAGAUUGAGACCGCCAGUUGGAUCCAGCCCGCAGGCAGCUUGGGCACUACUCAUCUGGUUUGCCAGCCAGAAAGGUUGAGCACCACUGAUCUAGCCCUUUAUGCUGUUUCCAACAGAGGCAGUAAGAGAUGAUUUAGAGGGAGAAUAUAUCAACAGGAUAUAUAAGUCUAAAGUGAUCUAUCCCCUGUCCAUACCCUCUCUGGCAUCCACCAGCAUUGGUUUAAGAUUGUCAGAUGGUACAUUCCUGACUGUUCUGCAUAAACAGAUAGGGGCAUUCUGGGAUUGGUUUGUGCUUUGUUUAUUUUGUGGAUGACCCAGGCUUAAGAGGAGCCUCCCAUAGUCAGGUUCUAAUAGGAGCCAGAGCUGGAUAGCGAUCAGGGGAGCAUUGGCACAUCUUUUAAUAGAGGAUUAUCUUUCUGCACACAAAGGGGCUGAUACCAGGCUAUCUUUUCAUUUGCAAUACCAAAGUUACAGCGAAAAAUAUCAAACCUAUUUUGUUACUACAUUGAUUCUCAGUCUUAUUGCUUCAAAGAAAAUUCCUCACUUCUUAAACUUUCCUUACAUGCACUCAAGGAAAUAAAGCAAGAUGCUUACUGAACUGGGGGAAGAGGAAGAAGACACUGGAUAGGGUGCAAUACUGUUUCCAACCAGCUGGUCUGGCAGUAAUGAUGGUUUGUGGGUAUUACUUCACUUUACAUUUCUCAUUUGGCCAUCUAUCCAAACCCAGAAUCGUAUUCACUUUCCUUCAAAUUCUCAUUCAGUUUUUUUUGCUUCUGCUUUUGCUCUUGUCUUUCUACUGUGAGUGCAUGUCAAGCCUCUUGUUCUUUUGGUGAAUCAUGUGACCCUUCUCAUAUUCCAAAUAUUGAAUAAUACUUAAUGGCAUUUAGCAUUGUUUGUACCCUAGCUAACCAUAUUCAUCUGCCUCACAUGCUGUCUUCAUUUUCAUCUCUGCAGUGUAGUGGUAGUUUUAUAUAUUCUGAGUACUUGUGUGAAUACACACCAUAUCUGGAAAGGCAAAAGUUUCAUUUGAUAGAAAGAAUGAUUAAUCCAGAUCACUAAUUUAUGAGAAAUUUUCUGUUAAUGUCCAUUAUUUUUUCAAUCUGCCCUCAUAGUGCAUUCCAGUUGCUUCUGGGAAUACUACUUGUUGCACUGUGCCAGUUACUCAUCAGAAAACAGUGUCUCUUUUGAUGUUGUUAUACAGUUUCCUUCUGUAGAUAAUACAUUUACAUUUUGUAUAUUGAAAAUAAGAGGUCUUUGCCUAACAUUGCAAUUUGAAUUAUGUGUAAAGGUACUUUUACUCAAAUGCUGUUCACUUACAAUGUAUUUCUUAUUUUUUCAUAUUAAUUACAUGCAGCUAACUUGUGCAAAUAGAUUACUGGACAGUUUUGUGCCAUCUGUAUUGUUUUGGUUCUUUCCAGUAGAACCCCUCUGAAAAUGAAAGGUUUCUUGCUGAGACAUAGCUGUUAGGCAAAGCCUUUUGGUAUGGUCUUGUUAAUUUUCAGAAAUGAUGUUGUAUUAUUCUUUACUGAAUAUUUUAAUAUUCUGGACAACCUGUCAAGAAUUAUUAAAUCAGCUUCAAAGUGCAUUGAAUUCCUGUAUACGUCCAUUUUCAGCCCACCAACGUUUUCUGAAUAUUAGCUGUAUAAAACUAAUAAGAUAGUACAGUGCAAUUACUUUUGUGUAUAAAAAAGUUUGUCUAUAUCGAGUAUAUCUAUCUUACCAGCACAAAAUAUAUAUGUAUAAAUGUUUCAUGUCAACAUGUAGAAGAAUUUCAAUAAAUUAUUU